GCGUAUACAAUCAGUACCUUCAAAAUGUCGUUGAAAUUACACUGUUUAGUAAUUAUUGGGUUUCUUGCCUGCCUUACAGCAGGAAAAGUUGGAGUUCAGGAUGACGGCAAAAAAGACUAUUUCGUCGUAGUAGAAAAGCAAACCUUCAGUGGCGCCCUUGAAAUAUGUAAAUUGAAAAAAAAUAUGCAAUUAGCAGCUAUAAAUAACGAAGCAGAGAAUACUGAUGUUCUCUCCAACAUUGGAACUUUAGCUGAAGACUUCGAUAGGAAGUUCUGGACUUCUGGCUCGAAGACAUCUUCUGGUUGGGAAUGGAAGAGUAACAAUAAGACCAUAGAUUGGUUCGACUGGGGUAGCGGUAAACCGGAUGACAGCGCUGACGACGGUGAUUGCAUUUUGGUCACUGUGAAUCAUUUUGACAAAGGCUCAUGGUUGAAAGCAUCGUGUGAUGAGAAGCAUUUCGUCCUCUGUGAAACUGCUUUAGAUUGAUUUACUUAAAUAAAUUAUUUGAAAUAUAA